CGUAAUAUAAACCCUUCGCCCUUCGAUUUCGAUCAAAGCCCUAUAUUCCCUGAAUCCCUCUCUCUCUCUCUCUCUGGUCUGUCGUUGUGUGUGUCAAACCCCGUUGGAAAUCGCUGCAACUCCAUCUCUUCAGUUCUCCAAUGGCGAUAGUCACUGCAGAUAACCUAAGCAGAGAACAGUAUGUUUACUUGGCGAAGCUAGCCGAGCAGGCCGAGCGAUACGAAGAGAUGGUGAAUUUUAUGGAGAAGCUCGUAGUCGGAUCAUCAUCUGUUAGUGAGCUUACAGUUGAGGAGCGUAACCUUCUGUCGGUCGCGUACAAGAACGUGAUUGGAUCUCUGCGUGCGGCCUGGCGUAUCGUGUCUUCGAUCGAGCAGAAGGAAGAAGGACGUAAGAACGAAGAACAUGUUGUGCUUGUCAAGGAUUACAGAUCUAAGGUGGAAUCUGAACUUUCCGGUGUCUGUGCCGGAAUCUUGAAGCUUUUGGAUGCUCAUCUCAUCCCAUCCGCCUCCGUAAGUGAAUCCAAGGUGUUUUAUCUUAAGAUGAAGGGUGAUUAUCAUAGAUAUCUUGCUGAAUUCAAGGUCGGUGCUGAGCGUAAGGAAGCUGCUGAAGAUACGAUGCAAGCUUACAAGGCGGCUCAGGAUAUCGCACUGGUUGAUCUUGCUCCAACGCAUCCUAUAAGAUUGGGUUUGGCCCUCAAUUUCUCUGUGUUUUACUUUGAAAUACUCAACUCUUCAGAGAAAGCUUGUAGCAUGGCGAAACAGGCAUUUGAGGAAGCUAUUGCUGAGUUGGACACAUUGGGUGAGGAGUCAUACAAGGACAGCACUCUCAUCAUGCAACUUCUGAGGGACAAUCUCACUCUCUGGACUUCAGAUUUGCAGGAGCAGCUCGAUGAGGCAUAGCUGAUGGGUCAUUCUUCUCCUCAAGGGAGGUGAGGUUGAAUGUUAUUUUCUGUAUUCUGCAUAUAUGACCAAUCAAUGUAUUUUAUACAUUCAGCAAAAAACAACUCAAGCUGUUUCUGAUAAUUAAAACUAGAUUUGCUU